AUGACUGCGGGACUGAAUCUGACGAUUUAUGGACCAAGAACCAGGAAUUUGAUGAUAGAAAGGAUCCACCAGGUGACUCGCGAUGCCAAACUUCAGCAAGACGAGCGAGACCAAAGCGAGGAAAUGAUCGCGCUAGAUCGGUCUUUCUCUAGAGCGCAUGCAAUGAGCAUCCACCUCAAUCUCAUUACCAUUUGUGCAAUUCUCUGGCACGGCUGGCGAUUGGCGUCACGACUGCGGUUCGAGGUUGAAUGCUUUACUGCUGGAAAAGAAUGCGCGUGGGCUAAUGUACCGCGGCGAGCCAUGAAAAUGCGUGCGCCUUCUCUUGUAGCUAAGCUAGUAAAUGCGGCUGAUUCCGAAGGCACUACCAACUCAACACCCACCUCCACCUCCCCUCCUGGAGAGAUAGUAUCAGAUCCAUGUCAAGAGCAGCCAAGAGUUGCACCAGGCAGUUGGAUGCCAGUACCAUCAUUUGAGCCGGUCACCUCAGAUGUUAACGAUAAUCUUGAGCGGAUACCAGAUGCAACAGAUGUAGACCGAGAAUAUCUCGAAGGUAUUCGCAGCAUACAUAAUUCUGGUGAACAGGAAAACAUCAGUCAGACCCCAGAGGGCUUCCUCAAAUCUUCGACACGCCCGGAAGCGCCCAUAGACAGUCAAACUGUCAAACAGAUCCUUGCUUCAAGCGAAGCGGAUACGUUGCUGCGUGAAUAUCGCCAGAUGUCGGCUACGUUCCCAUUUGUUGUUAUAUCACCAGAUGUGAAAAGUGUUGACUUGCAUGCUGAAAGACCCAUGCUCUUUCUUGCAAUUAUUACAGUAGCUUCCUGGAAAGACCACUCGCGGCAAAAGAAGCUUGACAGCGUUUAUCGUACAGAACUUGCAAACCGCACAAUCAUCAGUCCCAAGAGAACACUGGGGCUAGUUCAGAGCGUGCUGGUUUAUCUUUCAUGGGUUGCAGCAGGAUUUCAGAAGCCAAAUAUCCUGAAGCAUACGCCUGCCAUGGCCGAAUGGGCCCAAGCAUUGAAGCAAGACCACGAAUAUGAGUCAGACGAGAUAAUUCAACACCUGAUAUCGUUGAGACAGAUUGACGAUCAAAUACAAGAUGCUUUGUUUACAGCCGACGCGAAACGGCUGUCACUCGCGGAUGCGGGUACACUUAUGCACAUCAGAUUUAUGGAAACCCAACUUGAUUCUUGGAAGAAAAAUAUAUCUGGCGUAAGAUCGCAACGCCUACUUGGCCUUUCCUUUUCUUUCACCAAGAUGCUGUUACAUAGUGUGGCACUUCGACCGCAACCUAAAGACCAAGACCCCUCCGUAAUUUCGACCCAACUGAAUUCCCUAAAUUCAGCUCUCGAGGCAGGGAAGCAUUUCUUGAAUACUCUUUUGUCAUUUCCAGUACACGAGUAUCACCUCAUAUCCUUUACUGAGUGGAUGCGCUUACCGACAGUCAUUGGAACGGUUGCGAAAUUAUGCAUGCCUUCAGAUGCACAUGUGGCUUCUAGUUGGGAUGUACAGACCGCGCAGGAGCGAGUGCGCCUGGAUCUCUGCCUCGAGUCUCUCUGCUACCGCAUGCAGACUCUAACAGCAUAUCAUAAGCGAGAAAACCCUCACACUGACUUCUGGUAUGCCAUGUGCUUUAUCAUGGAGCUUACUAAAUCAUGGUAUGUUCGUAAGAUACAGCCAGCGGAGCCAGCUCAAACUCAACCUGAGCCUACUCCGAAUGGUUCUACAGACCAAAGCGUAAACAAUCUGUCGUGUCCCAUCUCUGGCACAGCAAAGAAUCAUCCGACACCCCGGGCAGAAACAUCUUACGACAGACUGGGCGGUAGCGACUAUAUGGGAGACAUCAAUAUGGAUAUAGCAGCUGGAAACGAUGAUGGCAACGACCCUUUUGCCUUUUUGAAGGAUAUGGACUUCGAUAUGGAACAAUUCUUUGACAUGGAUGGGGGCAUAUGGGGCGAUGAAAGCUACAACAGUUAUAGUGCCCUAGGCCUCGAUGACAUUGCACCGUUCUAA